GCUGUCGCCGGCCGGGGUGCUGAGGCGGCGUCGCGGCGCCUUGAGGCGGGCGCUGUCCAACAUGGAGGCGGCGCCGGCCGAGCGGCACUGAGGCGGCGCUCGGGCCCCGCGCCGAGCGCACCCUGCAGAGGAGCCAUGGGCAACGAGGCGAGCCUAGAGGGCGACGUCCCAGCCGGCGUGGACGCGGACCUGAGCCGGCUGAGCGCCGAGGAGCGGAGCCAGAUCGCCGCCGUGCUGUCGCGGGCGCAGGCGCUGCCGCCGGGCGCCGCGGAGCCGCCGUCGCCGCACAGGAAGCAAGAGUUGGAUAUUAGUCACCCUACAAAGCAACCUGGGAAACCUCCAGACCCUGGGCGUUCAGUUCAACCUGGUCUUAGUAAGAGCAGAACCACAGACACUUUUAGGUUGGAACAGAAAUUGCCUGGAAGGAGCCCUUCCACUAUUAGUUUGAAAGAAUCAAGGUCUAGAACUGAUUUCAAGGAAGAGCACAAGUCUGGUAUGAUGCCUGGUUUCCUCUCAGAAGUUAAUCCUUUAAGUGCUGUCUCCUCUGUUGUAAAUAAAUUCAACCCUUUUGAUUUGAUAUCAGACUCUGAGGCAUCCCAGGAAGAAACCACCAAGAAACAAAGAACAGCUCAGAAGGAUGAAGGAAAACCUGAGGAAUUCACAAAAUCUCCAUCACAGCAGUCACCCAAGCCAGUUCCUAAGCAGCAAGGACCUGCUAAGGACCCCAUUCAGCAAGAGAGCUCUCCCAAACCCGCAUCUUCUCAGCAAGCUGAGAAAGGUAAAUCACAGCCUCCUGCAACAGGAAAGGCAGUUCAGGGGCCUGUGCCACCGCCUCAGACAGACCCAGCGAAGUUGCCACUUCAGCGUGAUGCAGCCAAGCCUCCAACUAAGAAGCCAGACCCAGGACAGGGAGAGGCUGUUAAAACCUCACAGCAGAGCUCGUCCAAACCACCCCUGCAGCAGGCAGGUGCUGGAAAACCUGCAGCCCAGCAGCCUGGACCUGGGAAACCACAGCCUGGGCCUGCAAAGCCUGCAGUCCAGCAGCCAGGGCAAGCAAAGGCCCUAGGACCACAGCCAGGGUCAGUGAAGUCCCCAGCACAGCAGCCGGGGACCCCAAAACCCACUGCCCAACAGCCUAUAUCCCAGUCUCCAGCUAAGACACCUGGGCCUACAAAGCCUCCUGCUCUGCAGCCAGGCUCAGCAAAGCCCCAAGCUCAGCAGCCCAGCCCGGCAAAGCCCCAAGCUCAGCAGCCCGGUCCAGGAAAGCUCUCAGCUCAACAGCCUGGCCUAGCAAAGCCCCUGGCUCAGCAGCUGGCUGCAGCAAAACCCUUAGCUCAGCAACCUUCAAAACCAGUACCUGGGAAACCACCACAGCUACCACCAGCUUCUCCAUCUGUAACUCAGAUUCCAGUACAAGGUCCCUCUAAAGCCAUCUGUCCUCUUUGCAACACCACCGAACUUCUGUUGCAUGUUCCAGAAAAGGCCAAUUUUAACACAUGCACUGAGUGUCAAACCACUGUCUGUAGCCUCUGUGGUUUUAAUCCCAACCCUCAUUUAACUGAGGUGAAGGAGUGGCUCUGUUUAAACUGUCAGAUGCGAAGAGCUCUAGGGGGUGAGCUGGCUCCCAUGCCACCAUCACCACAGCCUAAACUCAAGGCCAUCCCUGUGGUACCUGCAGCAGCUGUGAGCAGACCCACCCCACAGGCUGCGCAGGGCUCCCCGAAGAAGGACUCUGCAGCCAAGCAGGAUGCUGCCAAAGCUCCCGAGUCCAGGAAGCCUCCGCCACUUCUGAAGCAACCCACCCUACAUGGUCCACCUCCCUCCCCAGCCAAGGAGGCUCAAGUGGCAGAGCCUGCCUCCAAGCCAGGUGUCCCACCAGAGCAGGCCAAGGCCCCUGCUGCUGACCAUAAACCAAAGCAGCCCCUGGCAGGAAGGCCCACUACAGACACCGAGUCUUCUAUUCCAGCAGCAGGCAAGCCUGAGCUCUCCAGCCCCCCAGUCCAGCCACAGGCUACAGAGAAGAUAGCCCCACCAAUGAAGGCAGAGUCUGCCAAGUCCUCCCAAAGUUUCCCUCCAACUGGAGAGAAAGUCACCCCACUAGACUCCAAAGCCAUGCCUCGGCCUGCAUCAGAUUCAAAGAUCCUCUCACAUCCUGGGCCCAGCUCAGAGAGCAGAGACCAAAAGAAAGUUGAUCCUGUUCAAAAGAAGGAGGAACCCAAGAAAGCACAAACCAAAAUGAGCCCCAAACCAGAUGCCAAGCCAAUGCCAAAAGGGUCACCAACGCCACCUGUCCCAUGCCCUCCUGCUGGCCAAACUGCCCCCACACCUCUGCAGCCCCCAAAGCCUCAGGAGCAGUCCAGACGUUUCAGUCUCAAUCUAGGAAGCAUCACUGACACCCCAAAAUCCCAGCCCACAACUCCUCAAGACACCAUGACUGGGAAGCUCUUUGGGUUUGGAGCAUCAAUUUUUAGUCAGGCAUCAAAUUUAAUUUCCACAGCUGGCCAGCCUGGAUCUCAUUCCCAAGAUGGGCCAACAGCAGGUAAACAAGCUGCUCCCCCUCUCCAGCCACUUGCUUCUCAGGGGCCCCGCAAACCCACAGGACAGGCACCACCAGCACCUGCGAAGGUUGCCCCUGUGAAAAAGGAAUCGAAAGUUCCAGGGGCUGAGAAGGCAGAGGCCAGAGCUGAACCAGCUCCUACAGAGAAAAAACUAGAAGCAGACAAGAAGCCACUGCCUGCCAAAGAUAGCAGAGUUCCUCCAGCUGAGCCUCAAAAGGCUGUGCAGCCCCCCAUGUUGGAGAAAACCCCCAAGCCCCAACCAGCCUGUCCACUCUGCAAAACUGAACUCAACGUAGGUUCUCAGGGCCCUCCUAACUUCAGCACUUGCACGGAAUGCAAGAGUCAAGUGUGCAACCUGUGUGGAUUUAACCCUACGCCCCACUUGACUGAGAUUCAAGAAUGGCUGUGUUUAAAUUGCCAAACUCAGAGAGCGGUAUCAGGACAGCUCGGAGACCUGGACAGGAUGCCACCCACACGCUCUGGACCCAAGGCCGCCCCCGCGCCUGGCCCCACGGAGCCCCCCGCUCAGAAAGCAGCAGCAGCUGCUCAGGGAAACGCGAAAAAGAAGGAAGCAGAAGUACAACCCGAGGCUGCAAAACCCUCUCCAGAAAAAGCGAAGGAAACACCUUCAGGUGAAAAGCCUCCUAAGGUACCCUCAGAUCUGAAGCAAGAGGAGAGGACACUCCAGAAAGACCAAGCUUCCUCCCUUCCGGAAAAACAGCCACCUUCCAAAGAACCACUGCUUUCAGAAGACAGAACCAAAGAAAAACAGCCCCCCCUUGAAGAAGAAAGGCCAGCGCCGGAAGACAGAAGGUUACCCCCAGCAGUAGAGGCGCUGGCCCCGGAGGAGGAAAGGACGCGGGAAGCAGCGGAGCCUCCCGCACCGCUUGUCCAGGAGAAGGCCAGAGGCAGGGCCGCUCCGGAGCCCAGGGGGCCAGGGGAGGAGCACCUGCAGCCCCCGACGGACGCUCCGCGCCCUGCUCCUCCUGGCCUGGCGCAGAGUUUGCGCGAGGAGGAGGCUCCCACAGCCCAGGGAAAGGAGCAGCCGCCGGCAGCAGGGUCCACAAAACCCGAGAAGGCAGCGCCUGGAAAGGAGAAGGCGGACAAGGAAGAGGACAAGUCGGAUGCCUCAAGUUCUCAGCAACCUAAAAGCCCACAAGGCCUGAGUGACACAGGAUAUUCUUCAGAUGGAAUAUCAGGGUCUCUUGGUGAAAUUCCAAGUCUGAUUCCCAGCGAUGAGAAGGACUUGCUCAAGGAACUCAAAAAGGACUCCUUUUCUAGAGAAAGCAGCCCGCCCAGCCCCUCGGACCUGGCCAAGCUGGAAAGCACGGUCCUCUCCAUUCUGGAAGCCCAGGCAUCUGCUCUGGUGGAUGAAAAAUCAGACAGAAAGACGCAACCUCAGGAGGACUCUCCUGGGCAGCCCAGGGACCCUCAGCUACUCCCCAGAACCCUGGAGAGGACAGCUGCUGAGGAGGAGGAGCUCAGGGGUAGCCUGGAAGAAAAGAGAGAGGCUUCUAAGAAAGGGACCCAGCAGGGCAUGCCCAGCGGCCAGGGUCCCCCGGAGCGGGCAAUGCUGGUGGGGGCCAGCCGCUCCUCACUGGAGGACAGCAGCGAGAGCGAGACCUCGCCGGUGCCACCCAGGAAGCGCAGGGCCAGUGUGGGCUCCUCGAGCAGCGAGGAGGACAAGCAAGAGGACAGCGCGGGCUCGGAGGACGAGGAGGAGGACUUCAUCCGCAAGCAGAUCCUGGGUAUGAGCGCUGACGAGGACGCCUCAGGCUCGGACGAUGACAAGGGGCUGCGGCGCCGGCCGCCCGAGCCAGGAACCCUCGAGGGCACACGGGGCAGGGAGGACACGCGGGGCAGAGCCAGGGCCAUGGCCGGACGCCACCGGCGCACCCCGCGUAGGGUUGGCGUAGGCCUGGACGAGGAGGUGGGCCGCCGACACUCGUGGCACGACGAGGAGGACGAGGCUUUCGACGACAGCCCCGAGGGUAAGGCCAGGGAGACCAAGAGCCAGGAGGGCGAGGAGCCAGCGCCCGCGGGCGGGGGCCUGCGGCGCUUCAAGACCAUCGAGCUGAGCACAGCAGAGCAGCGGCGCGCUGCGCUCUUCCCAGAUGAGGAGCCCGAGCUGGAGAUGGAGAGCCUGACCGACUCGCCCGAGGACCGCUCCCGAGGCGAGGGCUCCUCCAGCCUGCACGCCUCCAGCUUCACGCCUGGCACCUCGCCCACAUCCGUGUCAUCGCUGGACGAGGACAGCGACAGCAGCCCGAGCCACCAGCGGGGCGAGGGCAGGCAGCCGCGCAAGGCUCGGCAUCGCGGCCACGGGCCAGCGCUGCCCACCAUCGAGGACUCCUCGGAGGAGGAGGAGCUGCGCGAGGAGGAGCAGCUGCUCAGGGAGCAGGAGCGGCAGCGCGAGGCAGAACAGCAGCAGCAGCGCAAGAGCUCCGGCAAGAAAUCCAAGAAGGACAAGGAGGAGCUGCGCGCACAGCGCAGGCGCGAGCGGCCCAAGACGCCGCCCAGCACGCUGUCGCCCAUCGAGGACGCAUCUCCCACCGAGGAGCUGCGCCAGGCGGCCGAGAUGGAGGAGCUGCAGCGCUCGUCCUGCUCCGAGUACUCGCCCAGCCUCGAGUCCGACCCUGAGGGCUUCGAGAUCAGCCCCGAGAAGAUCAUCGAGGUCCAGAAGGUGUACAAGCUGCCCACCGCCGUGUCUCUGUACUCGCCCACCGCCGAGCAGGCAGCCCUACAGGAAGGGGCCCCGCAGACGCUGAAAAGCGCCAAGGAGAUGUAUGAGGAGAUGUUGCACAAGUCUCCCAAGUACAAGGCGUUCCCGGGGGCCGGAGAGCGGGACGAGGCGUUUGAGAAGGAGCCGCUGUACGGGGGCAUGCUCAUCGAGGACUACAUUUACGAGUCUCUCGUGGAGGACCCAUACGAGGGAGCCGGAGACUCCAGCCUGCUGGCCCGGCCUGAAGAAGACAACGGGUUUGUGCAGCAGAGGGGGCGGGAACCGAGGAUGAGACUUCCGGAGCACGUCUAUGGGGACCCCAUGCAGAAGAUCACGGACUUCCAGAAGGAGCUUUUCCAGCUGGAGAGCUUGCGUUCCGUGGUACCACGGGAAGACAUCGUUUCGAGCUCCUACAUCAUUCCUGAGAGCCACGAGAUAGUGGAUCUCGAUACCCUGGUGACUUCUGCCGGCGAAGAGAAACCAUUACUGGAUGCGGAUGCUACCUACGAGGAGCUGAUGAGGCGGCGGCAGCUGCAGCUGAGCCCGAGCGGCAGCCCUGCGCCGCCGCCCGCAGAGGACGAGCUGACCGCGGCCGCCGUGGAUCUGGACAGGGCGCCGGACGCCUCGCUGACCUCCAGCGUCCUCUCGGGCGCGUCACUGACAGAUUCCACCAGCAGUGCCACCCUGUCCAUCCCCGAUGUGAGAAUAACCCAGCACUUCUCAGCAGAAGAAAUCGAGGAUGAGUACCUGACGGACUACACGAGGGAGAUCCAGGAGAUAAUCGCCCACGAGUCGCUGAUCCUGACCUACUCAGAGCCUUCAGAAAGUGCGACCUCCCUGCCGCCCUCCGACACGCCCUCGCUCACGUCCUCGCUGUCCUCGGUGUGCACCACGGACAGCUCCUCCCCAGUCACCGCCCUGGACGGGGUCGCCUCGGCCUACACAGAGCCAACGGGCUUGACAGCGAAGUUCCAGGAUUCUGCGGAGGUUUCUUCAUCUACCUAUUUUCCCGUGAGCAUCAUCGACUAUCCGGAGGAAAUCAGCAGACCCGCAGGGCAGACGGGCACGCCAGAAAGCCAAACCAGCACGGAUCACGUGGUGAUCUCCUUAACCGAGGCGCCACCUCCCAUCCCGGAGUGGCCUGCAGCAGCAGCUGAGGGGCCACGGGCUGACUUGACCCUGUCUGAGAAAGAGCCAGUGAAAACAGCCAAGAAAGAAGCCACCAAUGGGGUCAUUCUGGAGGUUUUGGAAGCUUACAAAGAUAAAAGGAAGGAGUCCAAGGUUGAACCAAGGAAAAUAAGCGUCUUGGAAGCUGUGUCUGACCAGCCUGCGGCCCCUCUGAGGAAGGAGGAGCCUGCACCACCGUACUUUACGUCCAGGGAGGGCUCAGGGCGAGAAGGCCAGUUACCAUCUGGCGGCCCUUCCGUGUCUUCUCUGCCCACCAAGUCUCGGCCCUUGCUCCGAAGUUCGUCUCUGGACGUCUCAGCCCAGCCUCCUCCUCCUCCCCCUCCUCCACCGCCACCUCCUCCUCCUCCUCCCCCUCCUCCUCCUCCCCCUCCUCCACCACUACCCCCACCCACAUCACCUAAACCAGCUGUUCACCCUAAAAAAAAGGCCCCGGUUGCUGCUUCCCUGACUCCAGUUACCACAGCAGUGCCUCUGGCAGAUGCUGUUACGCCUGCAGAGGCCGAAGCUGUGUCCAGGAGUAUUUGGUCACCGGUAACAAAAGUGUGCACCCCUGCACCCCCUCCUGUCCCUCCUAAGCCUGCCUCCAUCCCAUCGGGACUCGUUUUCACACACAGGCCUGAGCCCAGCAAACCACCCAUUGCCCCCAAACCAGCAGUUCCUCAGCUCCCAGGAGCUGUGCAGAAGCCCAUGGAUGCACAGCCCAAACCGACAGGUCCGUUGUUAGCUUCAGGCAUGACCUUGAGUCUAGAGACCUCCACAGAUUAUACCUUGCCUUCCCCCACAUCCCCACUUUCCCCACACUCUAACAAGUCCUCACCGAGGUAUUCUAAGUCCCUCAUGGAAACUUACGUGGUUAUCACACUGCCAUCAGAACCCGGGACGCCCACUGACUCCUCAGCUAGUCAGGCAAUUACCAGUUGGCCCCUGGGAUCCCCCACAAAGGAGCUGGUUUCCACUGAACCAGUGUUUUCUGUAGUUCCUCCUUUGAGCUCUGCAGAAAUCCCAGGUUCUUCUCAGCCAGCCCUGUACCUCUCAGGAGCUUUGGAGACAUUCUCAGCUGCCCCUGUGGUGAUGUCAUCUUCAUAUCAAGGAGCCACGGUUUCAGGUCCACAGUUUCUUCCAAGCGAGAUCUAUAAGGCGGAGGUUCCAGCUGCCAGACAUACCAUCGCCAGUGUCGGUUCAGGCAGUGUUUCCAUAUCAGUUCCUCCAGAACCUCUUGCUUUAGAUGACCUGCACUUAGAGAAACACAAGGAAAAUGGAAAAUUGCAUCUUGUUGGUGAUGCCAUUGACUUACGUACAGUACCCAAACUAGAUGUGAAAGCAACUGAAAAAUGUAUGGAUCUUUCUGCAUCUGCGGUGGAUGUAAAAAGACAGGCCAUAGCAAGUGACAUUAAUGGGAGACAAAUGAGUGCUGUCCAGCCUUCUGUCAUCAAUCUCAGUGCAGCAGCAUCAGGGGCGACUCCAGUCUCCCUGGACGUUGAGAUGGCGAUGGCUGUCACAUCCACAACUACUACCAGUUACACUCUAGGCACAGAAAGCCUGGUGGGCAUAGAACAUGUGAUCCCAACCCCACUGCAGCUUACUACAUCAAAGCAUGCUGAGCCCCCAUACAGAAUGCCCAGCAGCCAGGUCUUCCCAGCACCUAGGGAAGAAGCACCAAUCAAUCUGUCUCUAGGUCCUUCGGCACACACAGUAACGUUGGCUGCUACAAAACCUGUCACCGUGCCUCCUGUCGGAGUCACAAACGGAUGGACUGACAGCAUGACCUCCCAGGCAAUCCCGGAUGGGGAAGUAGUGGAUCUCAGCACAUCCAAGUCCCAUAGAACUGUCGUAACCAUGGAUGAUUCUACUUCAGGCGUGGUGACCAAAAUAAUAGAAGACGAUGAGAAGCCUGUUGAUUUGACUGCAGGAAGAAGGACCGUGUGCUGCGACAUGGUCUAUAAGUUACCUUUCGGAAGGAGCUGCACAGGCCAGCAGCCUGCAGUCCCACUGCCCGAGGAUCGCUUUGGCUACAGGGAUGACCACUAUCAGUAUGACAGGUCCGGGCCAUGCGGUUAUAGAGGGGUUGGUGGAAUGAAGGCCUCCAUGUCUGACACUAAUCUAGCAGACGCUGGACACUUUUUCUAUAAAAGUAAGAAUGCAUUUGAUUAUUCUAGAGGUGCUGAUGCAGCAGUAGAUCUAACUUCAGGGAGAAUUUCUACAGGUGAGGUAAUGGAUUAUUCAAGCAAGACUACAGGUCCGUAUCCAGAAACACGACAAGUCAUUUCAGGAGUCGGGAUUAGCACCCCGCAGUAUUCCACAGCAAGAAUGACUCCACCUCCAGGACCCCAAUAUGGUGUGGGCAGUGUUUUGAGGUCGUCUAACGGUGUUGUGUAUUCUUCAGUAGCAACUCCGAUCCCCUCUACCUUUGCCAUCACCACACAGCCGGGCUCCAUUUUCAGUACCACUGUGAGGGAUUUGUCUGGCAUUCAUUCAGCCGACUCUGUGACUUCAUUGUCUGCCCUGCACCAGAGCCAGCCGCUGCCGAGAUCCUAUUUCAUAACCACGGGUGCAUCUGAAACAGACAUUGCAGUAACUGGUGUUGACAUUAAUGCUAGUUUGCAAACGAUUACUGUGGAAACUCUGACUGCAGAGGCAAUCAACUCUGUGCCCACUUUGACCACAGCAUCUGAAGUGUUUUCUCAGGUCAUGGGAGAUGAAGGCACUCUUUUAAUUGUCCCGGAAGAAGACAAGCAACAGCAGCAACUUGACUUGGAGCGUGAGCUUUUGGAACUGGAGAAAAUCAAGCAACAGCGCUUCGCGGAGGAACUGGAGUGGGAACGUCAGGAAAUCCAAAGGUUCCGAGAACAGGAAAAGAUCAUGGUUCAAAAGAAGCUGGAGGAGCUGCAAUCUAUGAAGCAGCAUCUGCUCUAUCAGCAGGAAGAAGAGCGGCAGGCCCAGCUAAUGAUGAGGCAGGAGACCCUGGCUCAGCAGCAGCUGCAGCUGGAGCAAAUUCAGCAGCUGCAGCAGCAGCUGCACCAGCAGCUGGAGGAGCAGAAGAUCCGCCAGAUCUACCAGUAUAACUAUGACCCAUCUGGCACGGGUUCUCCCCAGGCACCCACAGAGCAGGCCAUCCUUGAAGGUCAGUAUGUAGCCCCUGAAGGCUCUCAGUUCUGGGCCCCAGAGGAUGUGACCACCACAGCCUCCGCAGUGGUAGCCAUCGAGAUCCCCCAGAGCCAGGGCUGGUACACAGUGCAAUCUGACGGGGUUACCCAGUACAUCGCCCCGCCUGGCAUCCUGAGUACUGUUUCUGAGAUUCCUCUGACUGACGUUGUCGUCAAAGAGGAAAAGCAGCUAAAAAAGAGAAGCUCUGGAGCCAAAGUCCGGGGCCAGUAUGAUGAGCUAGGCGAAGGUGCGGCAGACGAUCCCAGAGGUUUUAAAAAGAUCAUGGACAGCGGUGUCCAGACAGACGAUGAGGAUGCUGCUGAUCGGAGUUACACCAGCAGGAGGAGAAGGACCAAGAAGAGUGUGGACACCAGUGUCCAAACUGAUGACGAGGACCAGGAUGAGUGGGACGUGCCCACACGGGCGCGGAGGAAAGCCCGCGUGGGGAAGUACAGUGAUGGUGGCGCUGAGGCAGACAAGGGCAAAGCCCCUUCCAAAGUCGCCAGCAUUGCGGUCCAGACCGUGGCCGAGAUCUCUGUGCAGACAGAGCCCGUGGGAACCAUACGGACACCUUCCAUACGAGCCCGAGUGGAUGCCAAGGUAGAAAUUAUUAAACACAUUUCAGCACCUGAAAAGACUUACAAAGGGGGCAGUUUAGGAUGUCAAACAGAAGCAGAUUCAGACACACAAAGCCCUCAGUAUUUGAGUGCCACUUCUCCUCCCAAAGACAAGAAGCGCCCAACACCUUUAGAGAUCGGUUACUCAUGUCACCUCCGGGCAGACUCCACCCUGCAGCUGGCUCCUUCCCCUCCCAAAUCUCCAAAAGUCCUUUACUCACCCAUCUCACCACUCUCAUCAGGCAAAGCCUUAGAAUCAGCCUUUGUACCUUAUGAAAAGCCCCUCCCUGAUGAUAUCAGUCCACAGAAAGUACUGCAUCCCGACAUGGCCAAAGCUCCCCCAGCAAGUCCUAAGACAGCCAAGAUGAUGCAGCGGUCUCUGUCUGACCCCAAGCCUCUGAGCCCAACUGCAGACGAGAGUUCCAGGGCUCCUUUUCAGUAUACCGAGGGCUUCACGACAAAAGGAUCUCAGACCAUGACCCCCUCUGGCUCCCAGAAGAAAGUGAAGCGGACCCUGCCCAACCCACCCCCAGAGGAGGCGCCCGCGGGCGUGCAGGCCUUCGGAGGCGCGGGCACCGCGACCAGGCGCCGGAUCUGCAGGACCAACACCAUGGCGCGCGCCAAGAUCCUGCAGGACAUAGACCGCGAGCUGGACCUAGUGGAGAGGGAGUCGGCCAAGCUCCGCAAGAAGCAAGCCGAGCUCGACGAGGAGGAGAAGGAGAUCGAUGCCAAGCUGCGCUACCUGGAAAUGGGGAUCAACCGCAGGAAGGAGGCGCUGCUGAAGGAGAGGGAGAAGAGGGAGCGCGCCUACCUGCAGGGCGUGGCGGAGGAUCGGGACUACAUGUCGGACAGCGAGGUCAGCAGCGCCAGGCCCAGCCGCAUGGACGGCCAGCACGGCGGGGAGCGGCCCAGAACGGCCCCGCAGGCCGAGUUCAGCCAGUUCCUGCCGCCGCAGACCCAGAGCGAGCCGCAGCUCGCGCCCCCCUCCAGCCCCUACACGCAGUUCCAGUUCUCGCCCACCCCGCCCACGCAGGCGCCCACCCCCUACACCCAGCAGUCGCCCUUCCAGCAGCAGACGCUGUUCCACCAGCAGGUCUCGCCCUAUCAGACCCAGCCGACCUUCCAGGCCGUGGCCACCAUGUCCUUCACGCCCCAGGCCCAGCCCACGCCCGCCCCACAGCAGUCCUACCAGCUCCCUUCCCAGAUGAUGGUGAUUCAGCCGAAGCCGCGGCAGACCGCCUUGUACCUGGAGCCCAAGAUCACGUCCAACUACGAAGUGAUCCGCAACCAGCCCCUGAUGAUAGCGCCUGUGUCCACCGACAGCUCCUACGCCGUUUCCCACCUGGGCAGUAAGUACAACAGUCUGGACCUGAGACUCGGCCUGGAGGAGAGGAGCGGCAUGGCCAGCAGCCCCAUAUCCAGCAUCUCGGCCGAGUCCUUCUACGCGGACAUGGACCACCACACCUCGCGGAACUACGUCCUCAUCGAUGACCUCGCGGAGAUCACCAAGGGGACCGCAGCGCUGAGCACAGCCUUCAGCCUUCACGAGAAGGACCUGGCCAAGACAGACCGGCUCCUGAGGACCACCGAGGCGCGCAGGUCCCAGGAGGUGACGGACUUCCUGGCGCCCCUGCAGACCUCCUCCCGGCUGCACGGGUACGUGAAAGCAGAGGACGACCCCAUGGAGGAGCCUUACGAGUUAAAGCUCCUGAAACAGCAGAUCAAACAAGAGUUCCGCAGAGGAGCGGAGAGCCUGGACCACCUGGCCGGUCUCCCCCACUACUACCAUGCGGACACCGGCUACCGGCACUUCCCCAAGUCGGAGAAGUACAGCAUCAGCAGGCUGACGCUGGAGAAGCAGGCGGCCAAGCAGCUGCCCGCAGCCAUCCUUUACCAGAAGCAGUCCAAGCACAAGAAGGCUCUCAUUGACCCCAAAAUGUCCAAGUUUUCGCCCAUCCAGGAAAGUAGGGACCUGGAGCCUGACUACUCCAGCUACAUGAACUCCAGCACUUUGUCUCUGGGUGGCAUUUCCUCCAGGGCAAGACUCCUCCAGGACGACAUCACCUUUGGCCUCAGGAAGAACAUCACGGACCAACAGAAAUUCCUGGGGUCCUCUCUGGGCUCGGGCCUGGGGACUUUGGGGAGCACCCUUCGCUCUGCGCUGCAGGAGGAAGCCGACAAGCCCUACGGCAGCGGCAGCAGGUCCAGGCCGUCCUCGCGGCCCUCCUCGGUCUACGGGCUGGACUUGUCCAUCAAAAGGGAUUCCUCCAGCUCCUCGCUCAGGCUGAAAGCGCAAGAGGCCGAAGCUCUGGACGUUUCCUUCGGCCAUGCGUCCCCUUCGGGCAGAACUAAGCCCACCAGCCUGCCCAUCAGCCAGAGUCGGGGCAGGAUACCGAUCGUGGCCCAGAACUCCGAGGAGGAGAGCCCGCUCAGCCCGGUGGGCCAGCCCAUGGGCAUGGCCAGGGCUGCGGCCGGACCCCUGCCGCCCAUCUCUGCAGACACCAGGGACCAGUUCGGGUCCAGCCACUCCUUACCGGAGGUGCAGCAGCACAUGCGGGAGGAGUCGCGGACUCGAGGGUACGACCGGGACAUCGCGGCCUUCAUCAUGGACGACUUCCAGCACGCCAUGUCGGACAGCGAAGCCUAUCACUUGCGUCGAGAAGAGACGGAUUGGUUUGAUAAACCCAGAGAAUCACGUUUGGAGAAUGGACAUCUGGACCGAAAGCUGCCAGAAAGACUGGUCCACUCUCGGCCGCUCAGUCAACAUCAAGAGCAAAUCUUACAGAUGAACGGGAAGACCACGCACUACGUCUUUCCCCACGCGCGGAUCAAAAUCACAAGAGACUCCAAGGACCACACUGUGUCAGGUAAUGGACUAGGAAUUAGGAUUGUGGGUGGUAAAGAAAUCCCUGGACACAAUGGAGAAAUUGGAGCCUACAUUGCGAAGAUUCUUCCUGGGGGAAGUGCGGAACAGACAGGGAAACUUGUGGAAGGGAUGCAAGUACUGGAGUGGAACGGCAUUCCCUUAACUUCUAAAACAUAUGAAGAGGUGCAGAGCAUCAUCAGCCAGCAGAGUGGGGAAGCAGAAAUAUGUGUAAGACUGGAUCUCAAUAUGCUCUCAGAUUCCGAGAAUUCCCAGCACCUGGAACUGCAUGAGCCACCCAGAGCCGUGGAUAAAGCCAAGUCCCCAGGUGUGGACCCCAAGCAGCUGGCCGCCGAGCUGCAGAAGGUGUCGCUACAGCAGUCGCCGCUGGUCCUGGCAUCCGUCAUGGAGAAGGGGUCGCACGGCCACUCAGGUCCCGCGUCCGCGGGAUCCAGCUCUGUGCCCAGCCCCGGGCAGCCGGGGUCUCCGUCCGUGAGCAAAAAGAAGCACAGCAGCGGCAAGCCUACUGAUGCAACAAAGGUUGUCUCUCACCCAAUUACUGGAGAAAUUCAGCUUCAAAUCAACUAUGACCUGGGAAAUCUCAUAAUACACAUUCUCCAAGCAAGAAACCUCGUGCCUCGAGACAACAAUGGUUACUCAGACCCUUUCGUGAAAGUGUACCUUCUCCCAGGCCGAGGUCAAGUCAUGGUUGUCCAGAAUGCAAGUGCUGAGUACAAGAGAAGGACUAAGUAUGUUCAGAAAAGUCUUAAUCCUGAGUGGAAUCAAACAGUCAUUUAUAAAAGUAUUUCCAUGGAGCAGCUCAAAAAGAAGACCCUGGAGGUGACCGUCUGGGAUUAUGACAGAUUUUCUUCCAAUGACUUCCUUGGGGAGGUGCUGAUUGACUUAUCGAGCACCUCACACCUGGAUAACACUCCCAGGUGGUAUCCGCUCAAGGAACAGACCGAGAGCAUUGAGCACGGCAAGGCUCACUCUGGGCAGGGCAGCCAGCCGUCCCCAAAGCCGUCGGUCAUCAAGAGCAGAAGCCACGGCAUCUUCCCCGACCCCGCCAAGGCGGACAUGCAGGUUCCCACCAUGGAGAAGUCGCACAGCAGCCCCGGCAGCUCCAAGUCGUCGUCCGAAGGCCACCUGCGCUCGCACGGCCCGUCGCGCAGCCAGAGCCGCGGCAGCGUCACCCAGGCGCACCUGGAGGACGCGGGCGCCGCCAUCGCCGCCGCCGAGGCCGCCGUGCACCAGCGCCUGCCGCCAACCAAUGGUAACCAAGACCAAAGCCAGCUAGCCCUCAGGAAGGCGAUGGCCGAUGGACCAGCCCAGCCAGAAGGAGCAAAGCCCAGCAACCCGCGGCCUGCAGACAGCUCGGCAUCCACCGGCUCCUCGGGCAGCAGCUUUGGCAGCGGCUACAGCGUGGACAGCGAAGGCAGCGGCCCCGCCGGGGACACCAAUCUGUUCCCGAUGCCCAGAAUAGGGAAGAUGGGGCAGAAUGGGCAGGAGCCAGUGAAGCAGCCAGCAGGAGGAGGGGGACUGGCAGACGCCGAAGUUAAAACUCAAGUAAUGGGAGAAAUCAAGAUUGCACUGAAAAAGGAGAUGAAGACAGAUGGUGAACAGCUAAUAGUGGAAAUUCUCCAGUGCAGAAACAUCACCUACAAGUUCAAGUCUCCUGACCAUUUACCAGAUUUGUAUGUGAAGAUAUAUGUGAUGAACAUCUCUACCCAAAAGAAGGUGAUCAAGAAAAAGACGCGGGUGUGCAGACACGACCGAGAGCCUUCCUUUAACGAGACCUUUAGGUUCAGCCUCAGCCCUGCAGGGCAUUCUCUUCAGAUUUUGCUUUUCUCCAAUGGAGGGAAAUUUAUGAAAAAGACCUUGAUUGGUGAAGCCUGUAUCUGGCUGGACAAAGUGGAUCUCAGGAAAAGAACUGUCAACUGGCAUAAACUCUUGGUCAGUCCCACUGCCACGCACUAAGGAUCACCGCGUGUCCUCAGGGAGGGGCAUGGAGGAGCCCCGCAACAGAGCCUCGCUGGACACUGCUGAGCGAUCCUGGGAAGGUAGGAGAGGGGCAGGGGUCUACACCUGUGGACUCCCUGUCCUGGGCAGCAGAGGGGGACACAAAGGAACACAGCUCAGGGAUUGAAGACAGAGCAGCACAGCAGAGCCCUGAGACCUUGGAUCUUCUCUAAGGUGAAGAGAAGGCGGGAGGGGAGUUUUGAUUUCUUACAGCAAAGGCGACUCCUGGAGCAGAUCUGAGGUGCAGGAGUGAACACGGCCUCGAAUAUAACACGCAAGUAACUUUCGUGCAAAGAAGGCGUGGAUGAAAGAACUGAUGUUCCAGGGCUCAGUUCUCGCAAACUGAACAAUUCUUCAUCUCCUGUUCUCAGACAAGUUGCUUUUUGAGAUCUGACACAGAUGCGCCCGUGGUACGUGCCGGACCUGGAGGAGGACAGCGGUUUCAUGGCCGAGGAGGCCGUGCGCAUCCAGCUCAGAGCUGACAUCCUGCCAGGUUUACUCCACGGUACACAGGCCAGCUGGGAGUCCACGUGGGAAAGCACAUUGUCUCAGUAUAGUUGUCAGUAGUGUAGAGUGAAGAUACUAAUGAAAUUACUUAUCUAGAAAUAAAACCACAUCUGGCGAGUAAAGACUGUUGACUCAUAUCGUUAUAGAAAUCUGGUUGAAAAUGUCCAAGUCUCCAUAGCUUUCCGUUAAGCUAAGGCAUUUCCCUUCUACGUACCAAAGCCCCGAUUAGAUUGGUAUGUUCUCGGCAGCGCAAUCACCUGUUCUUUGUGGGACUGCAGUUCAAUGUGUAUCCUGCAUUGUUCUUUUCCCUUGAGUAAUGUAUUGUCAGGAGAAAUCCUUUCUCUGGCAAGCAAAUCAUGCUAACCCCGUGACACCAAUUAAUUAAAUUGGCGUCAUUUUCUGCUCUUCUGUGAUGUUUUCCCCUGAACUCAUUAACUGAUUGUGCAGUGCAAGCUCUGGCUCCAGACUCCAGUUUCUCUGGCACUCUGGUCCCUCCCUAAGUGACAGCAUCACAGUGAUCACGUCCAUAUAUAUCGGGAAACAUAGUGCCAACGUCUGAGACUAAAACAGACCUUGAGCUCUUUUAUUUACACACAGUGAACAGCCAGCGUCUAAGUGACUAAGCAGAAUUUUCUGCUCCACCAACCAACAGUAGCAGGAGAAGCAAGGGAGUUGUGGGAACCACACCUGGUGGGGGUAGAAUCCUGGCUCAGGUACUGAUUCUGCUCCUAACGUUGCAAAAGUCACUUGGAGGCACGUUCCUCCAGUUUGCUUAUCCACAGGAUAAAAGUUAUAUUCCUGUCCUUCCUCCUGGGUUGUUGGAAUGAUUAAAUCAAGGGACCUAUGAAAUAUGAAAGCACAUUUCCAGAUACAGUUUUAUACACAGAAGGAGGCAUAAUUAUUAUGAGGCUUUUUAAUUCUCAGUUUUAUAUGUAAUAUCAUCCUGCAAACCAAUGGCAAGUAUUGGUGUGGACAAAACCAGUAAGGAAGAAAAAAGCUGCAUUGUUUUAAUUUAAAAUGUGAGCUUUGAUUUAUCCUGAAAAAAAGAUGAAUUAAAUGAAAAAGAUGUGCAAAUUCUGUUACACUCAGUGAAAUGAAUUACACUGAUCUUAUCCUGUGCCCAUUUUCUACCCAAAAUAAGCUCACUUGCUUCCCAGCAUUUUGAAUUUAAAAGCUGCACCUUCACUUAAAGUGAGGUUUUAGUGGGAUUAAGAAGCGCCAACUCAAAGUAUUGGUCUUAAGUUGCAUUUUCUCAAUUUUGGAGAAAAAAUACUUCAAAUUUGAGAGAGGCGUAAGACUCUAAAAUGAAAGAAUUUCUAAAAGACCCCACUCUCCUGUUCAUUAAAGAAGUAAAACUUCGCCUCCUGCACUCCAGUCUGGCCACGGAACCCACUAUGGGAACCAGGGCUCGCAGGCCUGGGAACCGAGGUCGUGGGCCUGCAGUACCACUGGGCAGGAGAGGAAAAGCAUCGGGCAUAAGGUAUUGCUAGAAUUUUAUUUUUAGAGAUUACUAGAGCUGCUGAUGGUUGCCAUGGAUAUUUCCAGCAAAAGCUAGCACUUGAGGAAGCCUAAAAUCACCAGUCACAGCGGGAAAGGGAGAGGGUUUGCAAGACCUCCCUCUGCAGGAGCUGCUGGGCUGGGGACCCCUGAGUCCUGCUCCUGGGGGAGAGGCUGCAGGCCCGGCCCUGAGAGUAACCCAGUGGAGGGACGGCAGCCAGACCGCCCCUUGGUAGCUAGGGACAGGGACGCGGAGGAGGAGGAGCCUGGCUCCUAUGGGCGCCUCUGCUCCACGGGGCCCAUACAGCGGCCACAAGCAGCCCGCCGGAGUGUAAGGCCCGCCAGUGCGCCCGCAGCACCGGCCAAGCUCCCGGGCUGUUCUGGAACCCUUCUAUGCAAUCCCGGUCCUUACUGAAAGCAUUUCCCUGCAUGCCAUCGAUUAUCCUCCUUAGGACAAAGCGGUUUCUUUUCUAAUUGCAGACAGGGCUCUUGGUAUUUUUUACUUUUUUGUACGGCACAUGGUUUUCCACUUUUUAUUUCAUUUCGUUUUAAUAGAGUUACCUUUUUUUAUCUUAAUGGUGACAGUUUGUAAUCUCUAAUUAUUAUGUGAUUAAUCCAAUUACAGUAGCUUAAAGCGGCUCGGUUUUCUCACAGAUUCAUUGCAUCAUCAAAGAGUGGAGCUUCUUGCAGGUUUAAAAUUUGGUUGUAAAGAAACUCAGCUGUAGAAGAAAAGCACAGUGAACUUUUACAAAAAAAAGGGACUAACAAACUCAUCAUUCCAGACACACGUAACCGCAAUAUCAAGACACGAGUGUUUUCCCUGUGUUUACUUAAUAUUCAGGAAAUUACCAGAACACUAAAUUAUUUGCUGUUGCAGUUUAAAACAACCAUAUCUGAGAUGGGGGGUGGCACUUAUCUUUGCUUCUUAAUAUUGUCCAUAUGUUAAUAAAUCGUACUAAUUAAUGCAUAUUUUCAGCAUACUGGUGAGAUUUACUUUGUGGAUCGCACACAUUAAAAUAGUCAUCUUGUGGGAAUCUUAUAGCUGGUAACCAGCUGAUAAAGACUUUUAUUAUAGGAACGGUUAGGACGAUUGUGGUGGUAGCUAUAGUGACACCAACGGUGGUCAGUGACGUGAAGUAAAAGAAAUUAUAUAUUACUAUAUUGUGCCCAGUUUAUUAGAAAUUAUUUGAUUGAUGCUUCAUUUCAUUAAGAUAUCAUAAAGAUGUUGAUAGUAUUUUUUUACUUUAUUAUUUAAAUCAUAACUAACAAUAUUUUUAAAAACUUAUUUUCAUUGCUAUAAUGUUGAAUAUUCCCAAAUCAGCCAACUACAGCUCUAAGUGUUUAUAACUUUGUGUGUGACAGAAGUGAUUUUCCCUCUAUUUGAGCUUGAAAUGAAAGUCAAAGAGCUCGGUGACUAGUUAUGAGCGGCUUCUUUAAUAAUUACUUCCUUUGGUGAUGAGUGAAAGGGUACCUUCACUGCAGGGACACCUUGAUGUUUUCUGUGUGUCCCAGAGUCUUAGGAUUAAAGGUUCCCGUGAGACCCAACUCAUUAAUAAAUUCCUUCCCUGGUAGGUAGAUUACGUGAGGGUUUUCUUCACUCGUUACGCUGUAUAUAAUGACACAUUUGGUAAAAUAGGCAGAGUUGAAAUACUCAUUUCAUUUGGUAUCCAGCAUGUGGAUAUGGUUAUUAUUUGACUGUGUCUCUAUAUUUGUUAAGUAAUGUGCUCAAAUGCGCCCACUACUGAUUAAUGGUGUGCUAGUACACUCACAGCACACCUGGUAUUAAAGAAAAAAAACCUUGUCUGAAAAAAUUGAAAACCUGAUAAAAUUGAUUUCAAAAUAAAAAUACAGUACUCGGAGAUAUGUCUUGUUUCUGACUAUACGUUGCAUGCCGUGUUGGUGAUUUGCUAGUGCGUUCUUUUUUCUUUUCUUUUUCCUUUUUUCCCCCCCAAAUCCCUCUGGAAAAUUUAAUGAACACAUGCAAAUUCUUGGAUUAAAGAUUGUAUAAAUUGAUCUGAAAAUAUAUGAGAAUUGUAUAAAAUUGCUUGUAAAUCUGUCUUGAGUUUUACUCUAUGUAAAAAUAUGUCUUGGUUUUGUGAUUGUACACAAGGUGUAUGUGGAUAACAUAUAAAUUGUGCUGUAUAAAGGCUGUUGUCUCAGCCUUACUAAUAAAUAUUCAAAAUAUCGACUGUGA